AUGAAUAACGAGGACACAGAGGAUCCAUCACGGAAGCAAGAGAAGGCGCUCCUAAACCAACCUUGGUUCAAAGAAGCAUACAAAGCUGCAGUAAAAUUUUAUGAAAAGGAUGAUGUAUUAGACUCUAAGGAUAGAGGAGAUUUGUAUGAGGCAUACAAUUCUAUUUCACGAGCUCAAAUGUUUGGUGGUUGGCUUGGGUUUUCAAGUGUCUUCAUUCCACCUUUUGCUUGUCAAUAUUAUAAGACAAAAGGUAUUAGGGGUGUCAAGGUACAAAGAAACUUUAUUAUAGGGUUAUUAACACUUGCUGGAUCUUCCUUGAUUGCCACUAAUAUUGCAUAUAAGAGAAAACUGGAAGAACUCGACCCUAAUCAACAGUUCGGAAAUAAGGGAGAUUAUGGUGAUGAUCUUUUGGAGGCUUCACAAGGUAAUUUUCCUCAACAGGUCAAACCUCGUCAACAAAGGCAAUAUGAGAUGAUGGAUCUGUUAGGAAGUGGAUCUGCCACAAGGUGGGCUGCUUAUUUUUCCAUUACAGAAAAGCAUCCAGAAAAGAGACUACCUAAUCCGACAAUUAAAUUACAAGAAAUUCAACAAGAAGGACUUAAGAGAUCAUCUUACUUGAAUCAGAGAGACCCUAUUGGACUUCAUGAUGAUAUACCUGAAAAAAAGCCUGUAUUGACUGAUUUAUUAAAUGAAAAGAAAGAAACCGCAAUAAAUCCCUCGAAUUCUAAUGUUGAUACCUGGGCUGGAAUUCGUACUGGGAAUAGUGUGGGUUCCUCUUGGGACAAAAUUAGAAAUAAUUCACCAAUAGGUACGAACGAUGAUUCAACUGCUGAUAGCAUGGAUAUAUUUGGGUUUGAUAAAAAUUUAGAAGAACCCAACAGUGAUAUAAAAGUAAAAACACAACCAAUUGUGAAUCAAGCAGUCUCUCAAGAAGAAUUUGAUAAACUUCUUGAAAGAGAAAGAAAUAAUAAUUGA